UAUAUUCACCUUAUCAUUAAACACCCUGGCUUGUGUUUGUGACUUUGUGUGUGAGAGAGAGUAACUCACAGGGACACCUUUCAACACAAUUAGGUUGCAGAGAUGGCCUCAAUCACCAUGUCAACCUCACUCCUCAGCGGCAUAAACGUCUCCCAACGGAGAUCUGCUACUACCCAUCGCAGCCUAGUUGUUUCCAAUGCUGCUAGUGCUGCUGAAGUGGAACAAGUUAAGUUGAGUUGCAACAAUGACAAGAAGAAUGAGAGCAGCAAUGGAAGGAGGGAUUUGAUGUUCGCAGCUGCUGCUGCUGCUGCUGUCUGUUCCAUUGCUGGUGUUGCGGUUGCCCGUGAAGAGCCAAAGCGUGGGACCCCAGAAGCUAAGAAGCUCUAUGCCCCUGUCUGUGUUACCAUGCCAACAGCUCGUAUCUGUCGCAAAUGAAUGAACAUCAAGCACCAAUGAGCUUUAGUUAAAAGUGCAGUAAAGUUUGGUAGUUGUAUGUAAUUGUGUUAUUUGUAUUUGAAGAACUUUGUUAAUUA